AUGCUGAGGAGACUGGUGAUGCUCUUACAAGUAUUGGUGUUAAGCAGACAGAACGUGAUAAGCAUAGCCCAGGGACAGAUGAGAGGGGUGGCGUAUGACGGAUACAUUGCCUACACCGGUAUACCUUAUGCUACGGUCACCAGUGCUAAGGAUAGAUUUAAGAUGGCUGGUAUAGCCCCUAUCUGGUCAAGCAUUAGAGAAUCCAGAAUAUCUACAUGCUCAACAUUGUCAGAAGCAGAGAAUUGUUUGCAGCUAGAUGUGUACGUACCUUCUGCCGUAGGCACCAAUUGGCCAGUUCUUGUUUGGGUGACGGGAGGAACUGGUCCAUACAACCCUGGCCAUCUGGUACGGGAAGGGAUUAUUGUGGUUAUCGUCCAUCACAGGAUAGGCCCUCAAGGUUUCCUUUGCUUGAAUGAAGAAGCAAUACCAGGAAAUGCAGCUUUAAAAGAUGUCAUAUUAGCACUGAGAUGGGUGCGUGACAAUAUCGUUGCUUUUUAUGGGAAUCCCAGUAGAGUUGUAGCAGCAGGGCAAAGUUUUGGUGCUGCUAUAGUAGAUUCUAUAAUGUUGUCAUCAAUGGCGUCAGGACUAUUUCAUGGGGCAAUAUUACAGAGUGGAACAGCUCUAUGUCCUUGGGCUUUUAAUUAUGAUGCUCAAGAAAGAGCAAUGGCUCUGACUGACAAUCAGGAUUUAACAAAGUAUUUGCUUGAGACAGAAAUUGAGGAGCUUAUUACGAGUUCGAAUAAGCUCGAUGCCCCGUAUUUCCCAUUUGGUAUUUGUUCUGAAAAGCCGUUAAAGAACGAAGAGAGGCUUUUAAAUGCAGCUCCUUACGAUUUACUUACAAGUAAUAAAGUGAAAACAGUUCCAAUGAUGAUUGGAUAUAACAGCAAUGAGGCUUACGUAUUUACAUCGAUACUUCAAGAAGCGAAAGUUCUGCGAAAGAUUUCAAGAACCCCUUCGUUUUUACUUCCUGAUGAUCUUCGGUUCUUAAAUGAUAGAGAACGGAGACAAGUUGCUCGGCAAGUUGGAAACAUGUACUUUAAGAAAAACAUUACAAUAGCUUCUGUUUUAGCAUAUCACAGAGACACUUAUUUCUCAAGUCAUAUUCAUCGAAGCGUCUAUCGCUAUUCUUCAUCUACUUCAGUCUUCUACUACCAGUUCUCUUAUUCUGGAGAUGUGGGAGUACAAACCGAGCCAGGUGUAGAGAAAACUGGUGCUGCACAUUCUGAUGAGCUAGCAUACUUGUUCAAUGAGUUGACGCUGGAUGGGGAAGAUGGAAUUAUGCAACGACGUUUAGUGAAACUUUGGACGAAUUUCGUCAAACAUUUAAAUCCAACACCUCUACACGAGGAUCUUGGAACGACUUGGGAGCCAACAAGGAAGGAGCAUUCCCGCGUCUUAGACAUUAGUAACGAGCUCAAGAUGAUUGAUUACCCCCACUCCAGAACGACACUAACUACAGCCGAAACUAGUGACUUGAGAUGUAACGUGCGCAUGAGAGUUGAAUCUGGAUGGGUGUGCGGAUUAAUCAGAGAAGCAGAGCAUGGUGUGCUAUACGCUAGCUUCAGAGGAAUCCCAUAUGCCAAGCAACCACUGAGAGAGCUUCGAUUUAAGGAACUCCAACCUGUCGAACCCUGGCUCCAUCACUUGGACGCAACCGAGGAAGGACCAGUUUGCCCUCAGUACGAUGCAAUAUAUGGAUAUUUGGUAAAGCCGCUCAAGGGUAUGAGCGAGUCUUGUAUUUACGUAAACGUUCACGUGCCUAUCGAAGCUUUGCCGAAGAGUGAGGAAGUUGAUGAACUUAAUGACAAUACUGGUUCUGAACAUAACGAAGGAGCUGGUUACCCUAUACUUGUCUUCAUUCAUGGCGGUGGAUUCGCUGCAGGAUCGGGUGAUGCUGACCUGUACGGGCCGGAGUAUUUAGUCAGCAAAGGGGUCAUCCUCAUUACUUUCAAUUACAGGGUAAUUCUGAUGAGCGGAACAGCAAUACCAGCGUUCUACAGUGCUUCGCCGGUUUACGCCGCUAAUGUAGCAGCUAUAUUCUUUAAAAAUUUGGGCAUCAAUAGUACAGACCCUCAAGUCAUCAACCAGGAACUUAUCACCGCGCCUAUAGAAGCUAUUGUAAAUGCUUUAACAGCAACUUUAGAUACCACAGGCUUGGUCUCGUUUACCCCUGUCGUAGAGGCGCAACAUCCAGGUGUCACAAGAAUAGUGGAUGAUGAGCCAAUCAAUCUUAUUCAACAGGGGAGGGAUAGACAUUACCCUAUGAUAAUCGGCUUUACUAAUAACGAAUGCGAGACUUGGAGACGUAGACUACAGUACUUACAAUUUUUGCGUCGGAUAACAAAGAAUCCUGCAUUAGUUUUAAAGGGCUGGAUACAAUUUUCCACCCCGCCCAACGUCGCGCUUUAUCUGGCUGAGAAAAUUAUCAAUAGAUAUUCCCAUGGAGGAUUCAAUUAUGAUGAUUAUUUACGAUCUUGUACGGAGAGUAUUUUCCAUCAUCCAGGUUUCCAGCUGGUCCGAUGGAGAGAGAAAGUGAGAGCAGCUCCAUCAUUCUUAUAUCAGUUCUCGUACGACAGUGACAACAGCGUCAUGAAGCAGACGUUGUUCUUGGACUACAAGGGUAGCGCCCAUAUUGAUGAUUUACCGUUCAUCUUCCGGGAAAAUGCCUUGCUUGGAGACCAAAAGACUUUUCCACCUUUGAACAGGGAUGACUAUAUGAAGGAUUGGGUGACCAUGUUUUUCAUUAAUUUCAUACGAUGCAACAAUCCAUCAUGUAGCGUAAAUUGGCCGCCUGUAGAGAGUCACCUCCUCAACUAUCAAUUGAUUAAAGUGCCCGGAGUGUACAUAAACACGCAGCCCACGCCCCUCGAGUGGGACAUGAUAGAGUUCUACGACAAAAUCGAUGAAAUAGCUGGCAAUAUUUUGGUAAGUUGUUGUGUACUCGUCUGUACAUACAUUGUUCGUUGUGAGAUCGAUGGGAUCCCACAUUUAGUUCGGGCCAACCAUUGCGUAGGCUGCUUUUUGGUGAUAAUACCACAAGUCGCGAUACGGUAUGCCUAUAAAUCAAUUAAAAAUCUAAACAAUGUGGUGGCAGAAAAGUUUAUGGCUAGCAGCAAUGCUGAUAGCAGCUACCUUUGCAAAUAUCAUGAAAUCACCUGA